AUGGCCUCGGGACCGCCGCACGUGCCAUCACAGCAGGCGCAGUACAGCGGGUCCUCCCACUCCACGGGCCCCUACGUUGGCCUCGCCGCGCCGCCGUUCCACCGGGGGGCUGUGAUCACCGACCCGACGGCGCCGCGCUUCGCCAAGCUCGCCUUCGCCACCUACGACGGCACCGAGGACCCCGUCAACUGGCUUAAUCAGUGUGACCAGUUCUUCCGGGGGCAACACACGCUCGCGUCGGACCGCACCUGGCUCGCUUCAUAUCACCUCCGAGGCGGCGCACAUACUUGGUAUUACGCUCUCGAGCAGGACGAGGGCGGCAUGCUUCCAUGGGAGCGUUUUCGGGAGCUCUGCCUCCUUCGCUUCGGGCCGCCGAUACACGGGAGCCGGCUGGCGGAGUUGGGUCGUCUCCCCUUCACCUCUACGGUGCAGGACUUCACCGACCGCCUUCAGGCCUUGGCGUGCCACGCGCCCGGCGUGACGGCUCGCUAG